ACCCACAACAAUAGGUGGCGCCAAAAACGCAUAAAACGAGUGUGCCAUGAAAUAUGUAAUGUAAUGUGUGUUGUAAAGAUCGCGAAUGAAAACAAAUGAAAAAGAAAAGCUUACAGCAGCAUGAUCGUGACUGUCAUGUUAGCCUGAUGGGACCAAACUUCCUCUGUACAUCUGGAAAAAGGGGGGUCGUCUUAUAAUCAGGAUCGUCUUAUAUUCGGGACAAUACGGUACUUUGCAUAUCGGUUCAGUAACAGACGACAUAUUUUAAUUGUGAUGCGCCUAAUUCAGUGUUAAAAACAGUUGCAACAGUUUUACAAAACGCACAUACUCCUCUAUAAAAUGUGCAUCACUUUACGUUUUUGCUGCCAAAUUAUAUGCAAUAUCUAAUUAAUUUAACGGGAAAGUUUUCUUCGAAUUCUCGCGUUGGGACUUGCGAGUUCGUGAACGUGGUGAAUGAUGGGAUAUCCUCCUCGGAUCUUUAAAUAUCGCUCCAUGGUUAGAUGUUAGGGUGUGGAUUUAAUGUGCAAUAAUGAAACUGAGUUUUGCAUUUUUCAGAUCUGGGACAGUCUUGCUCACUUACUCUCUGUAGAGUGCACGAGCUUUCAAAGUGGCUAGACUACAAGUGUGAGUUCUGGAUCAGGCCCACUGUGAUUGUGUGGCGCCCUCUAGUGACCGAUGCUGCACAUCGCGAGCGGAAAUCAAUUACAAAUCACCCCGUUCAUAGACCAAUAACAUCUAAUCCCCGACCGAACCUUUCUCAAAAGGCCUUUUUGAUUGUGUAGUUUCCACCUGUAAGAAUUAGGAAAACGAUACGUAAAGCAAAUUAAAACUUACUAGUAGAUUAUUGAUAUGAAAGUGAACAGCAUAUCUCGCGAAGUUCUAUGUUUGAUUCUUGGCAUUUUCUCCAGCCCAACACUGUUCAAUAGUGUCUCAGCUUCAUCUUUAUUAGAUAAAAGAGCGGAUCGCCCAAGAACAGCUCGCGAGAAAAACUCUGGGAAACUUCUAGUGCGCGAUGCGUUGACAAACACGCCCGACUUGACGCGCCAGAGGCCUGCGGCGCCUGUCCUGCGGAUCCGCGGCCGAACACCUGCGCGAGUCCAGCCUGGAGAGGAUUACCUGUCCAGAUACAGCCGGCUCCCGGAUGUUUCGGUUACUUGCUCACGUUCUGGAUUCGUUUUAAGGGUAAAAAAGAAUUUCUACGGUUUCUCAGCCAUCGCAGAGGAGCUGACGCUCGGAGACACCUGCAAAAGUAACGGGGUCCUUGAGCCGCAUAACGACCUGCUCUUCACGCACGCGCUCACCGACUGUCAGGGAGAACAGCAGGUAUUUCCUGAUUACUUUGCCUACAAAUAUGUCCUGCAUUACUUGCCGCAGUCGCACCGAAACUCACUCCGUUAUCACAGAGUCAACGUGGGCGUGGAGUGUCGCUAUAAAAGGGAGCAUCAUGUGCACAGUCUGGUGGUGAGUCCCACAUCUCGGACCCUAUUGCGCAAACUUAUCAGGAGCAGAUCUGGUGACUUUUGGAUUCAGCUGAUGGACGACUCCUGGUCUUCUCCAGUCAGGUCUGCUGUGUACCUUCUGGGUCAGCAGGUGAAUGUGCAGGUCUCCACGCGACAUCAUUAUCGUGGGGUCAAGCUUUUUAUCAACAGCUGUUAUGCGGCUACAGUCAACACUUUGAGUCAGGUGUCCAAACACAGCAUCAUAGACAAUUAUGGGUGUUUACGGGAAAGCCGGAUAAAUCCAGGUGCUUCAAGAUUCAGGUUCUCCAGGGCAGACAGUGUUGUUCAGUUCUCCUUUGGUGCUUUCCAGUUCAUUGAGGCUCCAGAUGCCCAGGUUGCACUCCAUUGUGAGCUCUCUGUUUCUGGUGGUGGCCCUAGUCCAAUGCAGAAGUCUUGUUUUUACAGCCACACCGAUAAAAGAUGGAUCUCUGUGUUUGGUCAAGAUUCAAUCUGUGACUGUUGUGAUUCAGUCUGCAACCAGACCAAGACCAAACGAAUAACACACGAAGGGUUGGAAAGCAGUGAUCAAGUACUCUUCUCUGACCCUGUAACUUCUCCUUUUUCAAUUUUGCCUUCCUCAACUUUGGAAUCCAUUCCAAUGGCUCAUAGACAUGAUGAUGUUAUCUGGUUUGAAGCCAAACUGGCCAAAGAGCCACAGAGGUCCUACAAGGACUUUGUUGCUUCUGUUACCCUGAUAUCUUCUGAGGAGGACCAUGAUAAGAGACAGCACACAUCUCACACCAGCACAGUGGAGUUCAUAGAGGAGGAAAGGAAAGAGAUGGAGGAAGAGAAACAUGGGGAUGUGGAGAUUUUUAUGGCAAUCAGUAAGAGUAUUGUAGGAUCUGAAAAGCCAGAUUUAGACCUCAUGGACCAGCUUGACGUUGCAUCCUUAGAUUGGUCUGGGGACCGGAAAAUGCAGAACACGACUAAGGGUUCAAGUUACUCACCAAAGAAAGUUCAGAGGGUGGAAAAAUUUCUUCAGAAGGACAAAGGUUCCACAAAGACGUCAGUUAUGGUCAAUGAAACCAUGGAGGAACAUCCUGAUAUAGAUGAAUCAACAAUGGGAGACAGGCAACUGGAUGAGCUGUUUCUGUUAUCCUCCUUCUCAGAGGAAAAGAAUUCUUCUGAAAAUAAAAAGGAAGGGUUGGCCUUCCCAUUACUUUCACCAUUUGAGGAGAAACCAGAGUUUCCACUUGGACCUGAUGAGCUGAUAGAGCAGGGUGUUGUAAGAAAACUAGACCUUGCACAAGACUCGGAUGAUUAUUAUUUUUCAGAUGGAAUUUAAUUCAAAAUUAAGAGAAUUGAGAAUUUUUUUUUUUUUU